UGAUUGUCCUCACUUCCUGAGCGGUACGGUAGUAGGUAAUUGUCAAUCAUGAAGGCAGUUGGUCUUACCGUUGUGUUUUGUUUGCUUUCCAUGUUUAUUAGGGCAAAUGAGAGACAUACUUCAUUGGAAUUACUGAUUAAAAUUGACAAUAUAAUUACCAACCUACAACAAAAUCAAAGCGCCUUGAUUCAGAAAGUUGCAAAUGCUAAACGAACCGUGACAGAAUCUUUGAGAAAUUUUUACUUCAGUUCUGUUUUCAUUGAGAGCGAAUUAUUGAAAAUGGUUGUUCGGGAAGAAGAUGAGAUGAUACAGUUUGGAGAAACUAUCGAUAAACAAUGGUGUUGGGAAAACAAUCUUCCGCUGUUAAAAGGAUCCGUAGGCUGGGUUGGAAACAAUCACAGUGACUGCGUCAAAGAGACGGACAAAGGAAUAAUGGAUGUUGUACUGAGGAUUUAUAAUCGCUUCCAGGAAGAUCUGGCAAAUUUAACUAAAUAUGAUCCACUGGAAGUGUUCAUCCAGCGAAACAUUAUUUUAAAUCCACAAUCGAUUAGUGAUGCUAUCGACGAGCGUUUGUUAGUGUCAAGCAAUGUAAAUUUGGAUUAUUCUUCCAUUGUAGAGGAACUAAAGAGUUUUUUAAAUAGCCGUUUAGAUGGAUUUUACACUUGUCUGAAAGAUGCAAAUGAUAGCUUUAGAAGCUUGAUCGUCGAUAUGACAUCUUAUACAAACGAGUGUCUGGAGGGCCUAAAAUAAAUCAAAAAAUCGUAUUUCGCAAGGCGAUAAAACAAAAAACAUACAAAUUAUUAUUAGC